AUGGAGUUUGGAAACACAGGAAUGUUGAAUGAAGAUGGUAUUCAUGUGGAUAUGGAUCGUUUGAAGAAGGGAGAAGUCAACUUAGGAACCUCCAUUAUGGCCAUAAACUUUAAGGAUGGUGUCAUUUUGGGUGCGGACAGUAGAACAACCACCGGCUCAUAUAUCGCAAAUCGAGUUACAGACAAGCUCACCCAAGUACAUGAUACAAUUUGGUGUUGUCGAUCAGGUUCUGCGGCUGAUACUCAAGCUGUUGCGGAUAUUGUUCAUUACCAGUUGGGAAUGUAUGGAGUUUUGAAUGGCAAAACACCAACCACACAAACGGCCGCCGCUAUGUUCCAGGAACUUUGCUACGAUAACAAGGAUCAAUUGAGUGCUGGUUUGAUUAUUGCUGGUUGGGAUGAGCGACAUGGAGGUCAAGUCUACUCGAUACCGUUAGGAGGAUCGUUACACAAGCAAUCUUAUGCUAUUGGAGGUUCCGGCUCAACAUACAUCUACGGAUACUGUGAUGCAAACUGGAAGGAAGGUAUGGAAGAGGCUGAUGCUGUUGACUUUGUUAAGGGCGCACUGCAGGAGGCUAUCAAAUGGGAUGGGAGUUCCGGAGGUGUCAUUAGAAUGGUGGUUUUGACGGCUAAGGGAGCAAACAGGCAUCUGUACUUGCCAGACACGAAUUAUACCGUCCGUCAUCAAUAG